GCCAGGCCUAUCUUGCCAGCCUCCGGCGUCCACUGCGCAGUACGACGUCUGCUGGCUGCACCUACGUAUGCCCUUCCGACCCGCUCAGCUUGUGCAUGGAAAGCUGAGGCUUCAAAACAGGCACCACCAUAACCACGUUUACUUAAAUCUGCAGUCUUACUGCUCGAUAUCCAGCUGCUGAUCUCUUCUAUUGUCCUUCUGCUCUUGUCACAUAGCACCAAAGGCCUCCCCUCGUCCGUUUCUUUCCCUCACCCUUUGCGGGAUCCUCCCCGCCCCCUCCAUCCGACAUGACCGCGAUUCUCAAACUCCAGCGCAAAUAUCCUCAAUUUCCGCAGAGCGAAAUCUUCCAGCUCCAGGAUGCUUUCCGCAAACUAGACGUGGAAGAUAAGGGUUAUCUGGACGAAUCGACUGUCAUCAAAGCGGUGCAGCAUUCUGAAGGACAAUCCUACGAUGUUGUUCGACAAGCCCUCAAAGAAGUUGACCUGGACAGCUCCAGACGAGUAGCGUUGGAAGACUAUGUUGACCUCAUCGCAAAGGUCCGAGAAUCGUCGCCUGAGCAGCAGCGUAUCUCAGCGGGACCCCAAAGAUCGGGUGCAGGCAACGGGGCACCCUCUCCUAAGCAUGGGUCGAAGCCCAGCCUGGGAGGUAGCACUGGUGGUCGGAUUCAGGUCCAAGGCUCAUCAGCCAACGUCAGGCAUACUAUCAAUGAAGAAGAGCGCACUGCCUUCACCACCCACAUCAAUGCCGUCCUUGCCGGCGAUCCCGACAUUGGGCACCUCCUACCCUUCCCUACCGACACCUUCGAGAUGUUCGACCACUGCAAGGACGGACUCGUACUGGCCAAACUGAUCAACGACAGCGUGCCGGAUACGAUCGAUGAGCGAGUCUUAAACAGGCCGGGAACCAAAAUCAAGACGUUGAACGCGUUCCACAUGACGGAAAACAACAACAUUGUGAUUGAGUCGGCAAAGGGUAUCGGCUGCUCCGUGGUCAACAUUGGUGCCGGAGACAUCAUUGAAGUACGUGAGCAUCUGAUUCUGGGGCUUAUUUGGCAGAUCAUCCGACGUGGUCUCUUGGGCAAGAUCGACAUCAAACUGCAUCCGGAACUGUACCGACUGCUGGAGGAGGAUGAGACGCUCGAGCAAUUCCUGCGACUACCCCCCGAGCAGAUCCUGCUCCGGUGGUUCAACUACCAUCUGAAGAACGCAGGCUGGCAAAGAAGAGUGACCAACUUCUCUGGCGAUGUCAAGGACGGUGAAAAUUACACGAUCCUGCUCAACCAGCUGAAACCCGACGUAUGCUCAAGGGCUCCCCUGCAGACGCGAGACCUAUUACAAAGGGCCGAACAGGUUCUGCAAAAUGCCGAGAAGAUCGAUUGCCGGAAGUUCUUGACUCCCACGGCUUUGGUGGCCGGCAACCCCAAGCUCAACCUGGCAUUCGUCGCCAACCUGUUCAACACCCAUCCCGGCCUUGACCCGCUGACGGAAGAAGAAAAGCCCGAGAUCGAAGACUUUGAUGCCGAAGGAGAACGCGAAGCACGAGUGUUUACUUUGUGGCUCAACAGUCUGGACGUGCAACCACCCGUGCACUCUUUCUUCGAUGAUUUGCGGGAUGGGACCAUAUUGCUCCAGGCCUACGACAAGGUCAUCCCGGGCAGUGUCAACUGGCGCCAUGUCAACAAGCCUCCGGCGCACGGGGGCGAAAUGUCUCGGUUCAAGAUGGUGGAGAACACCAACUACGCCGUGGAAUUGGGCAAGCAGAACCGGUUCUCUCUCGUUGGAAUCCAAGGAGCCGAUAUCACCGACGGUCAAAAGACGCUGACCCUGGCUUUGGUUUGGCAGCUGAUGCGCCGCGACAUAGUCAGCACUUUGUCCGGCCUGGCGCAGCGCAUGGGCAAACGCGAGUUGUCCGACUCGGACAUGAUCAAGUGGGCCAACGACAUGUCCAAGCGGGGUGGCAAGACCUCGUCGGUCAGGUCUUUUAGAGAUCCGGCCAUCACCAGUGGCAUCUUCCUGCUUGAUGUCCUGAACGGAAUGAAGAGUGGUUACGUCGACUACGACCUGGUCACACCUGGCAAAACGCCUGAAGAUGCUUAUGCAAAUGCCAAGUUGUCCAUCAGCAUUGCAAGAAAGAUGGGCUCGACCAUUUAUCUCCUGCCCGAUGAUAUCGUGCAAGGACGCGCAAGAUUGGUAACCACUUUUGUCGGUGCUCUCAUGCGCACGGCGGAGAAGAUGGGCGUGCAAUAGCCGUCUCAUCUUGGCUUUUCAUCGACGAUGGUUGUUUCCAAGCUGUAUCGACACGUCAGCGAGGCGAGGGGUUCGUCCCGAUCAACUCGACGAUAGCGGACGUUGUCACCCGGCUACUAGAAUACUUAGCAUGAGGCUAGUUCGCGUUGGUUUUUGGAUUAUCUAGGAUAUCAAGUGAGACGGAGCAUGAGAGAACGACAACCUAGUAUGCCCUCACGGCCGAAGCCGCACGUUGCCUUUCAACGACGAGUCGAAUGCUAGCGACUACUACUAUUACUACUAUUACCACUAGUGAUACUAGUGAAGCAUAAACCUGAAGGAAAUGAAGAGACAAGAUUUUCCUGCAUCGCUUGGCGGGUAACUGAACAAGACCAGUAACCACUGCAA